AUGUUUAUCUCAUCACUCAAACCUCUUUCUUUUUCGAAAGAUUCUUCAUAUGCUUUCCUUUCGUCUUCGAAGAAAUUAACUGCAGUGGAAACGAGGCAGCGUUCCAGUGCUCCGUACCCUUCGGCGGGCACUGCAGCACUGUCAGUCUUCAUGCGUCAACGGCGUGACUUGCGGGAAGAGAAGCGGCUGCGCAACUUGGAAUAUGCGCGUUUGCACCGGAAACGUGUUCCUCGUGGUCCACCCGGCAGACGUGUUAACCUGAGCGGAAACGCAGCAGCUAGUGCGGCGGAACGAGAGUCUGUCUACAGUCUCUACUUUACGAUGAUGAACGCAAAGCAACACAGUCGUCCAGGGAAACGAGACAGACAGCAACAGAAACAGGCGAAUGAUGGCGCUGGUGCGAGCGGGCUAGACGAGCAGUAG